UCUGUCUGUCAGCGGUGAGAGAUGGGAGACCUCCAGUCUCUGCGAGUCUUCAUCAGCUGUCUGGAUCAACAGUCUCUACCCCGCAUCCUGCAGGUCUGCUCUGGGGUUUAUUUCCAGGGGUCCAUUUAUGAGCUUUCAGGAAGUGAAGUGUGUUUAUCUACUGGAGAUUUGGUGAAGAUCAUUGGUUUAGAGCUCCUGUCUGUAUCUUGUGAGGAGAUUGAAACUGGAGCUUCAUUUGAAUUGCCUACUGGAUAUUCAGGUUACUUCAGACUCGUCGCUGAGGACCUACCGUACAAUACAAUAGAGGAAAUUGUGGGUUUGUGUCCUGUUGGAGUGGACGCCUGCGGCUCCUUCACCUUCAUAAGCCAAAACGAGCUGACUAUAGACAACUUCACACUACCUGCAGGAAAACAGUUGAUCCUGCUGUCAGUGGAGGGUGCCAAAAAUGGAGAAAGACUGGCACGGUGUCAAGUGGUGGGGCAGAACAUGGCCUCUACAGAGAUACUCCUUCCUCUGUCCCUCAGAGGAGAGUUUUAUGAGUGUCAAGGUGACCGAGGUUACUCUCUAGAGGAAAUCAUGGCAUCAUCCAGGCUGAGUUGCCGUCGCUUCCGCAAUACAAAUGAGAAGAACAGUGGAAGCUUGUUGGUUUUCAGCCCAGUGUAUGAAAUUAGUGCCAUUAUGCAAAUGAGGAAGAACGUAGUCAAGUUCCCAUCCAGCCUGGAAGUGGAUGUCCAGGACGUGACAGAACAGUUCCAGGAUUUAGUUUUCAUAACACCGCUAUCAAUGACUGAAGUUGCGAGUCAGCCAAUGGAGUCCUUCCCAACUAUGGCAGAGAUCCUUGAUAGCCCAGAAGGCAAUAAGUUUUUUAAUUGCAGCUGGUUUGAAGAACUGCAAAGAGGCAGGCGCCUCGUGUUACAUAGUUAUGGCACAACAACAAUGAUAUUAGCCUCAACUCCAAAGGGGAGGAAGGGAAAACAGUACUUCAUCAUCUCAGAGAGCUAUGGUGGAAGAAUGAGAAGAAGGGCCCGGGAAUUUGGAUCAGUGUACGAGCUACACUUGGCAUCCUCCCAGUCUCCAGGUUUGAAAGUAAGUGUGACUCGUCACUGCGAGGCGGUAGAGGAAGAGGGAAUGCCUGCGCUCAGUGUCGGCGAGCAGCUGGAGGUUUUGGGAAUGGCGCUGAUGGAUGGACUCAAGGAUUCAUCAGGAGCUGCUCAGAAAAUAGAAAGUCUAAUUUGCAAACAGACUAUGGAGCUGGACGACGAGGAUGAGGAAGAUGAGGAAGACGAUAGUAAGGAAAUCUCUCUGCCACUGUUUAUGGCAGGUCACUUUGUUGAAAAGCUUUCAGACAACAAGAAGUAUAAAUUAACAGAUUUAGCGAGUAGUUCUUUGCCUCUAGAUAUUAAAGUGGUGACUCGGGAUAAAGAGCUAGAAAAAGAUCCCCUGAUGGGGUUACCAGCACUUAAGCUUGAGGAGACUUUCACGGAGACCACGGUGUUGACGAGCCUACCAAAUAAACCAGACUGGUGCUUUGAGUUGCCAGUACGCUGGUUACAAAUGUCUCUCUGCUUCACCUCUGAUCAUUUGCCGUGGUCCGAGUCCCCAGAACUUCACGUAGAGACAGUCACUGAGGUGACUGAGAAAUUCUACUAUGAAUAUCAUAAACUUAUAAGCAAAAUUGAGGAACCACCUCCUCGUCCACCAAAGAGGAAGCCAGCCAGUUCAGAAGUGCCUAAAAAGCCCCCCAAGUCUGAAUCUAAAUUACCAAACUUAAGCAGCGCUGUGACCAAACAGCUCGACAACCUGUCGCUGGGUCAGACAAAGGGUAGACGGGCUCCUGCUCCACCUCCGCCAGAAGAUACUUCAGACCAGCCCCCUCCACUGUUGCCUAGGAAAGGCAUAUCAAUAGCAGAGAGCGUCAGUGCGCACAAUACGUAUGUCAAAAGCCCCACAGUAGCACACAAAACAGCACAGGGACUCUCCGACUCUGACCAUGACUACGAGUCUAUCGAAGAAAUAUUAAAAAACCCCCAUGAAAGCUUGUUUUAUUAAAGGACACUUUGUAUUUUGCUGUGUCUUCAUAGCAAGACGUGCAAAAGAAACCCAAGAAAUCAAAGAGUACCAGCUAAUAUGGAGUCUCCACUGCACCCAUACCUAAUGCUAAUCUGAAAUAUUUCAUUGCGUCUAAAUACUCAAAGACAAUGCCAGGUUUAACAAAUAUACCAUUUAUAGUAAAUUAGACAAUGUCCUUUUUACUGCUUUUUAUGACAUGCUGACCUCUAAAGAAAGAAAAUAAGUUGAAAGGUGUAUGCUUUUAUUAAAAUGACCAAAACAAACUGAAAUUAUAUAUAUAUAUAUAUAUCAGGGCUGUACAGUGUGACAUAUAUGUUCAUGUGCUAUGAAAAAAAUGGUUUGUGCGAUGAAUAAAUUUACCACUGUAGCACACGUGCGAUACGGUUU